AUGGAACCAUCUGUUAGUGGACCAACAUUUGAAGAAAUUCAAAUUCCUGUACCAUUUGGUUUUGUGAGUGGUAAAUGGUGGGGACCAAAAGAUAAACAGCCUAUAAUUGCAAUUCACGGAUGGCAAGAUAAUGCUGGGACUUUUGAUCCUUUAAUUGAAUUACUACCAAAAGAUUUAUCUAUUUUGUGUAUAGAUCUUCCAGGACAUGGACGAUCUUCUCAUAUCCCAAUGGGUUUGCCUUAUUAUAUAUUUUGGGAUGGCCUAGCUAUUUUAAGAAGAAUAGUGAGACAUUACAAUUGGAGAAAAAUUUCUAUUAUGGGCCAUUCUUUGGGUGCAGCUAUUGGAUUUUUAUAUGCAGCAUCAUACCCCGAUGAUACAGAAAUGUUGAUAUCUAUUGACACAGUAGCGCCAGUAAUUAUUGAUCCUAGUGAAAUUGUUAAAAAUACAGGACCAAAUGUUGAUAAACUCAUAUAUUACGAUGCAUUAGGAGUUGAUAAAAUGCCUUCUUACAAAUAUUCAGAUAUGAUUGAUUUAGUGGUGGAUGGACAUCAUGGUACAUUGACUCGUAAAUCUUGUGAAAUACUUAUGAGACGUGGCAUGUAUCGUGUUAAAGAUAACAAAUAUUUGUUUUCAAGAGAUAUACGUCUUAAGGUUGCGUGGAUGGGUUUACCAUCUCUAGACGUAGUAAUAGCAUUUGCUGGUCAAAUAACAUGUCGCUAUAUGAAUAUCAAAGCUAAACCAUACAGAUCAUUAGAUAACUGGCCAGUCUAUUCACAAGUUUUGGAAGUAAUAAAAAUGAAUGCAAAAGACUUUGUUUUUAAAGAAUAUGACGGUUCUCAUCACUUGCAUCUCAAUAAUCCAGAGUGUUUAGCUUCAGAUGUUGCAACUUUCAUUCAACAGUCUAACAGAGCAUCACUGUGA